AUGGCGGAUGCGGGUGCAGCGAGCUUACCUGGGGGAGACUCGGCGCUGCCGCCGCCGCCGCCUCCUCCCCCGCCGCCUCCCCCGCCGCCGGAGGAGCAAGAGCUGAGCCAGCGCCUCCGCCAGCUCUACCCGGCCGUCAACCCGGCCGAGGCGCCGCUGCCGCGCGCCUGGAGCCCCAAGGACAAGUAUAGCUACAUCGGCCUCUCCCAGGGCAACCUCCGUGUUCACUACAAAGGACAUGGGAAAAAUCACAAGGAUGCUGCUUCUGUCAGGGCUACCCACCCCAUCCCUGCAGCCUGUGGAAUUUAUUAUUUUGAAGUGAAGAUAGUUAGUAAAGGAAGAGAUGGGUACAUGGGAAUAGGACUCUCUGCCCAAGGUGUCAACAUGAACAGACUUCCUGGUUGGGAUAAGCAUUCCUAUGGCUAUCAUGGCGAUGAUGGACACUCCUUCUGCUCAUCAGGGACAGGGCAGCCCUAUGGCCCCACUUUCACUACUGGCGAUGUAAUCGGCUGCUGCGUGAACCUCAUCAACAACACCUGCUUCUACACAAAGAAUGGGCACAGUUUAGGUAUAGCCUUCACGGAUCUUCCUGCCAAUCUAUAUCCCACUGUGGGGCUCCAGACACCCGGAGAGAUUGUGGAUGCCAACUUUGGGCAACAGCCAUUUGUGUUCGACAUUGAAGACUAUAUGAGAGAGUGGCGAGCAAAGAUUCAGGGCACGAUUAAAAGGUUUCCCAUAGGUGACCAGCUAGGGGAAUGGCAAGCCAUGCUACAGAACAUGGUCUCUUCCUAUCUGGUACAUCAUGGAUAUUGUACUACAGCCACUGCCUUUGCCCGUGUGACAGAAAGUACAGUCCAGGAGGAACAGAUCUCCAUAAAGAACAGACAAAGAAUACAAAAGCUGGUUUUGGCAGGAAGAGUAGGUGAAGCCAUUGAAGCAACACAGCAGCUCUAUCCAGGGCUUCUGGAGCAUAAUCCUAACCUCUUCUUCAUGUUAAAGUGCCGGCAGUUUGUGGAGAUGGUGAAUGGAACAGACAGUGAAGUGCGCUUUUUCAGUACCCGCAGCCCCAAAUCACAAGACAGCUACCCUGAUUCCCCCAACCUGAGUCCCCGACAUGGCUCCAAUAAUUUGCACAUCCACAUCACUGGAGCAGACAGCCCAAGCUGCAGCAAUGGGGUGACCUCCCUCAAAAGCAAACAGAGCCACAGUAAAUAUCCUGCACUGAGUUCCUCCUCCUCCUCCUCUUCCUCCUCCUCCCCUUCAUCCGUGAACUACUCAGAGUCCAACUCAACAGAUUCUACCAAAUCCCAGCAACAUAGCAGCACUAGCAACCAAGAAACCAGUGACAGUGAAAUGGAGAUGGAGGCGGAGCACUAUCCCAACGGGAUCCUGGAGAAUUCAGCCACCCGAAUAAUGAAUGGCACUUACAAGCACGAAGAGAUUCUACAGACUGAUGAUUCCAGCAUGGAAGACGGCUGCCCUCAGAGGCAACUCUGUGGAGGGAACCACGCUGCCACCGAGCGGAUGAUCCAGUUCGGGCGGGAGCUCCAGAGCCUCAGUGAGCAGCUAUGCAGAGACUACGGCAAGAACACAACCCACAAAAAAAUGUUACAGGAUGCAUUCAGCUUGUUAGCCUACUCUGACCCUUGGAACUGCCCAGUCGGUCAGCAGCUGGACCCAAUCCAGAGGGAACCUGUGUGUGCUGCACUCAAUAGUGCUAUUUUGGAGUCUCAGAACCUGCCAAAGCAGCCCCCGCUGCUGCUCGCCCUGGGCCAGGCCUCGGAGUGCUUGCGACUCAUGGCUCGCGUGGGCCUGGGCUCCUGCUCCUUCGCCAGAGUGGACGACUAUUUGCACUAGCCACCGAGUGAGGCAGAGUGACCCUUCCAGUUGCUGCCCUUUCACCUCUUCCUGCCUUUGCGGUUUCUCACCGGCGCCUGCCCUCCACCCGCUGCCCAGCAGCAGGACGCAGUGUUGACUGAGGCGGGAGGGGAGGAGGAGGAGGAGGAGGAGGAGAGGACCCUUGACGCGCCUCCGUUGCUCGCCCUGGAAACUGUUCACGGGGCCGCCCCCCAUCCCACCCCACCCUGGCCCUCCCAUCACAGCCACAUCUUGCUCUGUCCCACAGCACUUGGCCUUCUCACUGGUCCCCUCUGAUGUAGCGCCUUCUGACUUUAGGAUUUUACCUUUAUUUUAUUAUAUUAUUUUAUUUCUCUGACUGAGCCACCAGUAUUUAUACCUGGAGAGUUUGUGCUGAGCUGGUUUCUAAUUCAUUUAGAGAUAAAAAAAAAGUGUAUCUUGAGUUGGUGAUGGCCUGUUUUUGCUUUUUUGUUUUAACUUUAUUUUUACGUUCGGAGAAACUUGCUGGCACGCGUGUUCCUUGGACAGUAUUGUUCACUGUUGCUGGUCCUCACAAAAACCAAGAGGCUGAAUGUGCUUGUUGGAAUAUUAGCCAUGCUAUCCAAACAAAAGAGUUUAAUCAUCUUCUUUUUUUUUUUUUUUUUUCUGUGCCUAUGACACACAGCCCUAAGAAACCCUACGGAUUCGCCCUGGGAACUAAUCUGGGGAAAGGCUGAGAUUGGGAACAAUAAGAUGAUCUGCUCCCAACUGUCCCUUGAAUAGGAUAUCCUGCGAUGCUUGGAAAGAGAACUGGGGUGACCUGAGUUGUGUCCCCAUCCUCUGGGGAAGAACAGGAAUAUCUCUUAAUUAAGACAGUCAGACGUGACUAGGGCAUCGCUGUGGGAAUGCGUUGCUGAGCUGCAACUUCCCAAACCGCUGAUUAUUGGCCAGGCUGACUGGGUUGCUGGGAGCUUGACAAUCUCUGGAAGAAGCACAGCUUCCUUCUCCUUCAUCAAAGCCAUCCUAGGCUGCUGCAAGGGCACUUCUCCUCUGUCACACCUGGCCACCUCUAGGCAACUCCCGUCUAACUCUUAAGACUCGCCACCGAGAGGAAAGAAGAAGGCUUGUCUGCUUUCCUCAUCCUGGUACCCAAACAGCUGCCUGGAAUGGAAUCGAGGUGGAAUGGAACACGGGAGCUAUGAAUUGGUCCAACAUUUUUCUUUCUUUUCUUUUUCUUUCUUUCUUUCUUUUUUUAAAUCUAGAGAUCUAAGAUCUUCCCUUUUAAAGUGGAUAGAUGUCUCCCUGUCAGGAAAAGACGAGUCUUUAAAGCGACAAGAAUCCCUCCCAUCAGUGUUUGAGUUUGCGAAGCCAACUUUUUAUUUCAGUGUUUCAUUGCCUCCAUGCCUUUGAUAUUACACUGAUAAGACCCUUGUUUUUAUCCUGCUUACUCCCCCGCCCAAUUGAAAAGAGGGCAUAAGGCAAUAUUCUUCUUUUCUUUUUUUAAAAAGAAAAUGCAGUUUUACUCCAAGGAAUAUAUCUUUUUAAAAGAAAAAAUUGGGAAUCAUUUUGCAAACGUAUAUAUUGUAAGAAUCCUUACAAAAUACUGCUAGACUAACAGGUUGGAAACUCCAGUCGAAUUUAAUGUACACAAGUGAAAUUAUAACUGCAUGACUUUAUAGUAUAACAGAGGAAUUCUGCUGUACUAAAAGCUUGUUUGAAACAUAAUUUAUUGGCUUGCCGGUCUAUUUCAACAUUUUGCCUAGCUUUUUUUUAAAAAAAAAAUUAAUUGGAAAGAAUUUUUUUAAAAUCCAUAAGUUGGACAGACAAGGCUUUUUAAUUAAAACUUGCAGAAGAUAACACAAAAGUUUCUGAUGUGAUGAAGAAAAAUGCUUCCAUUGAAGGUAGGGAAUUUUAAUUUAUUGUAGCAUAGAAAGUGUGGUGGUUUUUUUGGUUGAGAGUCUUGUAGCUGUGAUGGAAAAAAAAACUAUGCAUCUAUGCACAGAAUAUUUCGAAUGUUAUGCAAGUAUCACCAGGUCAGUGGAACCUGGGAAAAUAAUAAGAAGGUGCAACUUCCAUUCAUUUCUGUGGAGAGUCCUGCCAAUGCCCAGCAGAGAUCAACGUUUGCUUCAGAUUUGUAAGCAAGACAUCCCGAAUUUAGAAGACCAUGUAUUACUGUUUCCUUGGCAGAUCAAGACUGAAUUUUAGUGCAAGAUGCUGAAAGGAAAAUGGGCACAUCAAAGAAUUGACUCUACAGAAAAUAUAGAAUUUCAGACUCUGGUCCCAUUGCAUAAUUUGGCCAGGUGCUGAUUAGAUCGAAAGGAAUUGUUUUCUGCUUUGCACUUUUGACAAGGGGGAACAUCUAGCCACCAUUCCUUUUGCUUGGAUGGUCAUGAAGUUGUACAUUUGCUGUGAUUGGAUUUUACCUUGCCCGAUUCCUUUUCAAGGUUGUGUAAGACUAGUUUAAACAUCAUAAUGCCAAGCCACAAAAUUACGGUAUCGCCGAAUAAUUGGCAACACCAGUUUAAAAGCAGAAUGAUUUGUCCACCUUCCAUCUUUUGUAACUUCUUAUAUGGCAAAUGUUUAUAUUAGCAAUACCAAUUAGCAGUUACCUGGCCUGCUGAGUUUGCUUUUAGGCUUCAUAGGAGGUUUCCAGUGUUUGAGUUCCAGUUUUAAAGUUCAAAGUUCAAAGCCUUUAUUGUCAUUGUACAUCAUGUAUACAACAAAAUUGGUUGAGCCUCUACUGGUGCAGUCCCUACAAGAAUACAAGACAACAUGAAUAAUAUAAAGAAUAAUACUUAUACAAGUAGUUAGGAAAAAAGUUUAAAUGUUCACCGUCUUAAGAUGAGCUUCAGCAAACCAAUCUCUUGCUUAUUUGGGAGCAGAUUUCUUUCCUGCUUGAUUUGUUUUCUCCAAUUUCCAUCUCAUCCUUUUUCAAAGUUGCUUCAGGAAGUUUUUUUUUUUUGUUCUUCUCUGUCUGCUGCUUUUUUUCCAAGCUGUGGCUUCUUUGCUGUCCUUUGCUUAAAAGUUAACUGUUUCCAUGGCAGGAUUUUCACUGUAAAAUAUUUUCUCAGACAAGUAGCUAGUGGCCAUCUCUAGCUGGUGGUGUGGCAGUGGUGACAAAUGUGUAAAAGAGAAAGCUUCAAUUUUCUUCAUCAAAGACAAUUUGAUGACUCAACAUUUUGAUGCCGCAGUCCUGUAGAUGCAGCAGGUGAAAUGUAAUUUAGGAAGCAUUGCGCUAUGCCUGAUUCAGAGGUUUAUGAGUCUUGGAAUGUGAUCCAAGACGAUCAGAUAUUUGAACACUAGUUAUAAUUGUUCUAAAGAGACCAGAGUACAUACGGAAAAGGGUUGUUUGAAAUCCUGUGGAAUCGUUGAAGGGAAGAACGUUUAAAUUGUGUUUGUGGUUCAAGGCUUUCACCAUUUUCAAGGGCACAAAAUGGUACAGAACCUUUGAGUUCUCCAUACUUAGAUUAGCAAAAGGGGCAGAGGCGUGUCUAGCCUGAAAGCCACAGUUUACAUUUAGUCUCAAUUUUAAGAUGAAACCUGACAAGAUAUUGUUAGGCUCUGCCAGGUAAUAAUGAAGUUGUAUCUAUCACAUACCUUAGGAUGUAUUUCCUUUAAAAAAAGCUUUUAUGAAAAGAUUUGACAUAGAUAAGAAAUUCAAAGAAAAGAAAUAUUUUCGUUUGACACUAUCUGACUGAUUUUGUCAUCCUGUCAGAAACCUUUUGCGAACAGUAUCAACCAUUAAUCAGAACAAUGAGUGACUAAGGCAUAGCAGCUCGUUUUCUGAUCAUUUGACAUGUUGAUCAUACUUCAGACUACGCAUCGCUGGCCAUGGUGCCUAUAAAAUGGACAUUGGAAAAUCCUGAAUGCAAGAGUGACUCUUCCAUGAUUACAGCGGUGGAAUAAUCUGCAAUUAUGCUUUCCCAACUGCAAAGACAAUGGCUAAUUGUAGUCCAACAUCUCUGGAUGACAUUCGAAUGGGAAGGGUCGUUGAUUUUGAGGAAUUUCAGAGCCCUGGUAGCUGUUUCUGUUCAAAGAACCAUCUCCUUUUUCUUCCAUGUAGCUUUUGCCACCACUUCCAGGAGUUGUUGGCUGUAAAUUAUAGAACGUUCUAGAACUGGAAUGUCACCUACCAAUGAUUCAAACUGGGUAUCUUGAUGUCAAUCAUCGCUUUUUCAACAAGGAGCAGCAGUCACGCCAACAAGGGUUGGUGCUUCACUUACCCCCGUUAUGGUCCCCUCCAUCCUGUAACCAAAUAAAAGUGCCAAAUCCCCUUAUCCAAUUGAUUCAUUUAACCCGUCUUCUUUUGGGAACUUGUUUUGGGAAUAUUUGAGAAGUACAAUAGGUGUAGAAGAAAGCUAAGGGUCACUACCAACAAGUAUGUUCAAAUCUUUGGACCUGAGGUUUGUUUUAAAACAAAAAACAAAACAUUGGGCUGGAGCUUUAAGAUUUGGGUGCUCAUCCUGAACUAGCAAGAAAGAUCGCGGCCAGACAUAAUUGGAUUACAUUUUGGAUCUGACACUGAAAAAGAAAACAAAGAAUUCUUUAUUUUUCUCUUCCUCUCACUUGUUGCAAACUCAGGUACCAGCUCUCGCAUGGCAUCUCAAACCCUCUGUUUCAACAAUUUUAUUAUACCAACUGUAAGGAUUUUUUAAAGUAUAUCCUACCAAAUAAACGGGCCGAGCAACAUGUGAGUUCCCACCAGGCUUCCAUGAUCUCAUGUUUCAUUUUCCUUUUAUUGAGGACUUGACAGAUCUCAUGCACAUUUGGAUCCGUUUCUGCUUAGUAUUUGUGAGUUCAGUUAAACCAACUCUAGCAUGAAAACCUUCCCAAAGGAGGAUAUUUUAACUGACAAAAAAAAAAGAGAUAAAUUGUACUGGAAAUAUAGAAACCCACAGUCUGUUGUAUUUUGACAGAAUUAUUUUUAUUAAAAUAU